AACUACAAGCGGAAACUCCAAAGUCCAUGUUCGUCGUGUAGUAUCUUAUCUUUUCGAGUGCACAUUAGGUUUGUUGCGGUUAAUGCACGACACAACACAUUUAAGUGCUGUAUGAUCCAGACCAAAAUAGAGCUAUGGAUAAGAUAAGUGAAUCUCUGUGUAGGUAUAAGGAUUAUAACUUCGGGAUCGGUCUGACCACAGCAGAAUACAUCGACUCCCUUCAGAGCUUUGAGAUCCGUGACAGCGACGUCUUCCUGGUCACUUACCCAAAGUCAGGAACGAUAUGGACCCAGCAGAUCAUCACGUCCAUCUAUGAGCUCGAUGACGACCACGUUCCUUAUCCCAACAACCUGGAGCGGAUGCCGUGGCUCGAGUACCUGGAGGGCCGGGAGGACUACUCUCUGAGGCCCUCUCCGCGGCUGUUCGCCUCCCACCUCACCCCCAUGCUCCUACCUCCAGGGCUCAGGAGCAAGAAGGCAAAGAUCGUCUAUGUGAUGAGGAACCCAAAGGACAACGUGGUGUCGUAUUAUCACUACUGCCACGCCUGGGUCCAUCUCGAAACCCCCAAGAGCUUCGAUGACUUUCUGGAGCAAUAUCUGGAGGGCAAAGUCGGUGCCUCGUCGUGGUUCGAUCACAUCCGGGCGUGGCACGCCAAGAGAGAGCAGUACCACAUCCUCUUCCUCUCCUACGAGGACAUGAUCCUAGACCUGAAGGCGGCAGUGAGCAGAAUCGGCCUCUUCUUGGGUAAAGACCUCAGUGACGAGAGCGUCCGUCAGAUCGUCGAGAAAUCCACGUUCCGAAACAUGAAGAAAGACCCCAAGGCCAACUACGAGUUCCUGCCCGCCGACGUGAUGACGGGAAAGUUCAUGCGGAAAGGCCGCGUCGGGGACUGGAAGAACAGCUUCACCGUGGCGCAGAGCGAGCGCUUCGACCGGGUCCUUCAGGAGCGCGUGGGGGACAUGAACCUGGCGUUCACCUGGGACGCGCCCCCACAGGGGGCCGGCGAGCCCUGAGGACACCUGGAGGCGAACUUACGAAUCCUACGAUGGCCACGCCAAGACCCGCCCUACUCCGUCUGUGAUUGGCCGGGUUGCAUGCAACUCAACCAGACGCUUUAGAACUCUACGGUUGCCGAGGUAAUGUGUCUGUACUGUCCAAUCAGAGAUCAGCUGGUAUUUCAAGGCGGUGGAUCAAACACUUUGUGUUUAUAAUAUCACAGAACAAAUGACGAAUAAACAGAUAUCCAAUCUUCCAUAUCUUUAUUUAUUUCUUGAUAAGCGUUUCCACGCGGAGCUGAGGGAGGUGAAGUCGUCGCUGUAACAGUCCGGCUCAAUUCUCCUCAUCUGGGGAAAACAUGGACAACAGAUAUAGGUCAACAGAUAUAGGUCAACAGGAUGGUACAGCAGCAAUACGACACAGCCAUGUUUGGUGUUUAAGUGACAUAUCGACCACAUCUCCAGCAGAACUCGAGACUAUGAGCUGGACACUUUUUGUGAUGAACAUUGCAUCCCAAAGGCCAAAGAAAUAUUUUGGGGAAAAUAAUACAGUAGGUAUGU